UUUGUUUGGUCGUCGUCUUCUAGGUCUUACAGUUUUGUGAAAGAGUCUCUUUUUUUUUUUUUUUUAAAUGUGUGAGUAAAGAGAAAAAAGUCUGAUUCUUUGAAGCAUCAAUGGCGACGGAGUACGAGCGGAAGAGAUUGGAGAACAUAAGACGGAACGAUGAGAUGAUGGCCGCUCUCAAUGUCCGUGCCAAAGCUUCUUCUCUUCUCUCCGCCGCAACCGCGUCCAAACGCUCUGGAGAUGAUAUUAGUAAAUCAUUUAAGAUGAAGAAGAAGAAGCCCAAACCUGAAACACCCGUCGUCGUUCGACAGUCACUACGCACCAGAGGAUUGAACCCUGAUUCCGGUGGCUUACCCAAUGGCUUCUCUGAUUAUCGCACACAAAACACUUUGUCUUCUUCUAGUAAGCAAUCGCCACGUUUAUUGGCUCCUCUGCCCUUUGAUUCCGCUUAUGAAGGUGAUGAUGCUUCCUAUACCCAUUUGGUUGAUACUCUUUUGGGUAUUACUACUGCCAGUACUAGUAGAGGUAAUUUGGUUAAGGGAGAAAUUGGAUCUGUUAAGGAUGAGAACGAGUCUUCUUCUUCUACGGUGAGGACUAGGACUAGGAGUACUUCUCGUGCUUCUAAAGUUUCUGUUAAAAAGGAAGAGCCAGAUGAUGAUUCCUUCUUCAGUGAUUGUGUUAAGGAUGAAUUUGGUUUUCCUGUUAUUAAGUCUGAGAAGAUUGAGUUUGAGAAAGGUUUUGAUCAUGAAUUGUUGAGUUUAGAACCGCGUAAUGUAGCCCGUGUUGUGCCUGGGAGGAUUUUUUCUGUCGAGUUCUUACCUUGCGAGAAUGUUAAGAUGAUCGCUGCUGGUGACAAACUUGGGAAUGUUGGUUUUUGGAAUUUGGAUUGUGAGAGCGAGGAAGAUGGUGAUGGGAUAUAUCUAUUCACCCCUCACUCAGCACCGGUGUCAUCUAUUGUGUUUCAGCAAAACUCUUUAUCAAGGGUUAUUACCAGCUGCUAUGAUGGUCUCAUCCGGUUGAUGGAUGUCGAGAAGUCGGUUUUUGAUUUGGUUUAUUCCACGGACAAACCUAUAUAUUCACUCACGCAGAGACCAAAUGAUGAGCAAAGCUUAUACUUUGGUGAGGAUUAUGGAAUGUUCAAUAUAUGGGACCUCCGAGCAGGAAAAUCAGUUUUUCAUUGGGAGUUACAUGAACACAGGAUUAACUCUGUAGACUUCAACCCGCAAAAUCCCCAUAUUAUGGCUACAAGCUCCUCAGAUGGAACUGCUUGCCUCUGGGACUUGAGAAGCAUGGGAGCCCAAAAACCGAAAACACUGACUACUGUAAAUCAUUCUAGGGCUGUGCACUCUGCUUAUUUCUCACCUUCUGGCCUUUCACUUGCAACUACAAGCCUUGACGACAACAUUGGUAUUCUAAGCGGCAUCAAUUUUGAGAAUGCUUCCAUGAUAUAUCACAAUAAUAAUACCAGCAGGUGGAUCUCCAAAUUCAAGGGAGUGUGGGGGUGGGAUGAUUCACACAUCUAUGUCGGCAAUUUGUCAAGGAAGAUUGAUGUGAUAAAUCCAAAACUAAAGCGAACAGUGAUGGAACUGCAAAACCCUCUGAUGAAAGCUAUACCGUGCAGAAUCCAUUGUCAUCCUCAUAAUGUUGGGACGCUUGCAGGAGCCACAGGUGGAGGACAAGUCUAUGUUUGGACAGCAAAGUUGUAGCACACUUUUGACCAUUUUCAAUCAGCAUGACAUGUUGUGUUGUUUUUUUUUUUUGAUCUCCCUUACAGAAAUGCAUAAAGACUAGAAUUGAGUUUAUUAUGUUGACUGUAGCUUUAAUUUAAAUUCUAUUAAUCCUAAAGCUGAGUCGUCAACAAAUGAAAGCUCCUCC